AUGAUUAUUGAUAUUAAUUUAUGUUAUGAAUUUUUAACAAUUAUAAAAAUAAAAAAUGAAAAUAAUGAAUUUUUAAAAAUUCAUUAUGAAACUGUUUUUAAAUUAAUGAAACAAAUAAAAAUUAAUAAACAAAUUAUGGAAAUUUAUUAUCGAUUUGUUGAACAAACAUCAUCAUUAGUACUUUAUCAAGAAACAAGAAAAAUUUUUCAAUGUGAUUUAAAUGAAAAAUUAUCAAAUGAAUUUUAUACUUAUUUAUGGAAUCAAUUAUUAAGAAAAGAUAAUGAUCAACAAGAGAUUAUCAAUUAUUUUGUGGAUUAUAUUAUUAUUGAAAGAAAAAAUUUCAAUAUGAUUUUAUUAUUAAAUGAUAAUGAUCAAAUUAUUUUUGAUAAAAUUAAUUUAUUAAAAACAAAAAAGAAAUUUUUAAUUAAAGAAAAAAUAACAGAAAAAGGUUUAGAAUUAAUAAAAAUGUUUAUUCAAGAUACCUUAUCGAAAAUUGAUGAUACACAGACUUUGGUAAAAAUUUUCUUUUAUUAA